AUGAACGCCAAAGCGAUAGUAUCCUGGGAGCCAGUCCAACCUCUGUCACCGAACUGGUCCAUCGAGGAGGUUCAGGUAAACCCUCCAGGCGAUGACGAGGUAACGGUGCAGAUACACGCCUCAGGAAUCUGCCAUACCGACGUGGCUCUGUCAGCAGUGCCCAAGGGAGCACUUGGUAUUGAAUAUCCCAAGGUCGUUGGACAUGAAGGUGCCGGUGUUGUCCUAGCAAUUGGAAAGAACGUACAGUCGAUCGAUGUUGGAGACCCGGUUCUUCUUUCUUUCUAUUCCUGCUCGGAGUGUGCACAAUGCGAGACAUCACACCCGGCAUAUUGCGAUUCCUUUGCGCCCAAGAACUACAUCGGUCAACAGGGACCAAUGCACACGAGUACCGACAACAAGCCUAUUUGGUCGCAAUUCUUUGGACAAUCUAGCUUUGCGCAGUAUAGCACCGUCCACAAGUCAACAAUUGUGAAUGCGAAAACUCUUACUGGAAUGGGAGCAAUCAGAAAUAUCGCACAGGCAGGCCCAGAUGAUGUUGUCAUGGUUUCAGGUCUAGGUGCAGUUGGCAUGGGGUCACUCAUAACUGCAAAGAUCACCAAAUGCAAAAUGAUAAUUGCGAUUGAUCGAGUUCAGAGUCGGCUUGACCUAGCCCAAGAAGUUGGCGCGACACAUACCAUCAAUACCAGCCACUCGGAUUUUUCUACAUUGGACCACGCAGUCCGGAGUAUUGUUGCUACUGGGGCUUCGAUUGCAAUUGAAACUACUGGCGUAGCAUCAAUCAUCGAGCAAAGCAUUCAGUCGACUUGUGCUCGAGGAAAAAUCGUGUAUAUCGGCAUUCCCCCGCCGAACUACUCUUUGAACAUCAGUCUUUCGGAACACAUGAACGCAAUUCCCCAGAUGAUCCAAUGGUACAGAGAAGGAAAAUUUCCCCUGGAACGAUUUGUGGAAUACUUUGAUGCCACAGAUUAUCCCAAAGCUCUUGACAGCUUGAAACAAGGGAAUGUCAUCAAGCCGGUGCUAGUUUGGAACCACCAGGAUCCAAAAUUGACCUAG